AUGGGCGCCGGCACGCCCCACCCGGCUGCGGUGCUGCUGCUGGCGCUCCUCGCCGGCCCCAGCGCAGCUGCGGCAGCGGCAGCAGCGGCGGCGGCCGCAGCCGGUCCCUCCAUCAUGCCCGGCGGCCUCGAUCUCGGGGAGGCCCUGCUGACAUACAAGAACCUCCUGCAGCGCGCCCGCGCCGAGCGCCGCGCGGCGCCGGGCGGCGCGGCGUCCGACGCCGCACUCCUCGCGUCGCCCGUGUCGCGCCUUGAGGUCUCGCCGCCGCCGGAGAAGAUCAUCCCCCUGCCCCUGGGCUUCGGCUACGUCAACGCGACCUACUACUCGCGCCCGAAGACCGAGCCGACGGGCUGCGGGGCCGGGUCCAACGACCGGACGUGCGGGCACCCGUUCUCCCUUGACGCGCAGCGAUACGUCGCCACUAUGGAGGAGCUCGUGGUUCCCAAGGGCUACCCCCUUGAGGCCUACGAAGUCACCACACAGGACGGAUACAUCCUGACCCUGUACAGGAUUCCCCACGGAAAGUAUCGCAGCACGCAGCGCGGCCCCAAGCCCGUUGUUUUUCUGCAACACGGCGUCACCCUCGCCAGCAGCUGCUUCGUGGUCCUGAACCCCAACGAGUCCCUGGCAUUCGUGCUGGCCGACGCUGGCUUUGACGUGUGGAUGGGCAACACGAGGGGCAACACCUACUCCAGGAACCAUGUGUCCCUCAACAACUACCAAGCAGAGUUCUGGCACUUCAGCAUAGACGAGCUGUCCUUGAUCGACCUCCCCACCAUGAUCGAUUUCACUUUGGCAAAAACGGAUGCCAAGAAAACAGCUUACAUUGGUCACUCCCAGGGCAGCACCCUCGCGUUUGCGCUGCUGUCGGCCAUACCAGAGUACAAUGACAGACUCUCGGUGGUCAACCACAUGGGCCCGGUGGUCUUUGUGGACUCUCUGCAGUUCAUCAGCCCAGAUGACUACCUUGCCAUCUGGCGCACGUGGCCAUCGGGCGUGGGGUCGCGCAACCUGCAGCACUGGGCCCAGAUGUUCCGGGACAGGAAGCCCACUUUUGCGCAAUACGACUUUGGCACGCUCUGCAAUCGCACCAAGUGGGUUAAAGGCCACCGGCUGGAGCCCCACCCCAUGAAGGAGUCCUGCAACCAGGCCAAGUACGGCUCCAAGAUCCCGCCAUCAUACGACAUCUCGCGCAUCAGGGCGCCUCAGGCCUACUUUCUAGCAGAGUACGACGUCCUCACAAUGGCCUACGACACGCGGGAGCAGUUCAGGCGCGUCCCGGCCAACGUGAGCGUCGGGCAGUUUAUCUACGCCGGCUACGGCCACAUGGACUUCGUGUGGGACCGCAACCGCAAGCAUGCCGACGAGAUGGUUGACGUCAUGCUGAGGUACGCACCAGGGACGUACUGA